GGGGGCGGUGGCGGCGGCGAGGCGGGCGGUUGGCUGCGGGCAGCCCGGUGCUAGCGGAGGCCAUGGCGGCUGCGGGCCGGGCGGGCAGCGCCGUGUGGGGCUGGCCAUGGCGGGCCGGGCUGCGGCGCUGGUACCGCACGGAACGAGGCGUGUACGGCUACAGGCCUCGGAAGGCGGCCGGGGAGAGCUCGGCAGAGCCUCGGAGAGCCGGGGAGAGCGGCGGAGCAGUUGACCAUGCUCUUGCUCGGUUAAUAACUGCGUACUCUGAACAUGGCCACAAAGCAGCCAAAAUAAACCCACUGUGUGCUGGCCAAGCUGUUAUGAACAUGGUACCUGAAAUCCGAGAAUUGACAGAAGUUCUUCAAGGCCCUCUCAUUACUACAGGGCUUCUAAACAUGGGAAAAGAAGAGGCCUCCCUGGAGGAUGUAUUGGCUUACCUUGACCAUAUAUACUGCGGGCAUAUUUCCAUAGAAACAAGCCAGCUUCCAACCUCAGAGGAGAGAAAAUGGUUUGCUAAAAGGUUUGAAGAGUUAAAACAAGAAGCGUUUACAACUGAAGAGAAAAAGCACUUGUGCAAACUGAUGUUGGAGUCCCAGGAGUUUGAUCGCUUCUUAGCCACGAAGUUUGCCACAGUGAAGCGAUACGGCGGUGAAGGAGCAGAGAGUAUGAUGGGUUUCUUCCACGAGCUGUUCAAGAUGUGUGCGUACAGUGGCGUGACAGACAUCAUCCUCGGAAUGCCCCAUCGUGGGAGACUUAACCUGCUCACGGGCUUACUUCAGCUUCCACCCGAACUCAUGUUCCGUAAGAUGCGUGGUUUGAGUGAGUUUCCAGAGAAUUCACCGGCCAUUGGGGAUGUGCUGUCCCACCUGACAUCUUCUGUGGAUCUUGACUUUGGUUCACACAGGCCUGUGCAUGUCACCUUGCUCCCUAACCCCUCGCAUUUAGAAGCAAUCAAUCCGGUGGCCGUGGGCAAGACACGAGGAAGGCAGCAGUCUCUGCUUGACGGAGAUUACUCCCCAGAGAGCUCUGCACAGCCUGGAGACAAAGUUAUUUGCCUGCAGGUUCAUGGCGAUGCUGCUUUCUCUGGGCAAGGCAUUGUUCCUGAAACGCUGACCCUCUCUAAUCUGCCGCAUUUCAGAGUUGGGGGGAGCAUCCACCUGAUUGUUAAUAACCAGCUGGGCUAUACCACUCCUCCAGAGCGAGGAAGAUCAUCACUCUACUGUAGUGAUAUUGGUAAAAUCGUUGGAUGUGCAGUUAUCCACGUAAACGGGGAUGAUCCUGAAGAAGUUGUCCGUGCCACGCGGCUGGCAGUCGAGUACCAGCGCCAGUUCCGCAGGGAUGUGAUAGUGGACUUGCUGUGCUACAGGCAGUGGGGCCACAAUGAACUUGAUGAGCCGUUCUUCACCAACCCCAGCAUGUACAAAAUCAUCAGAUCCCGUAAGAGUAUCCCAGACACGUAUGCAGAACACCUAGUAGCUGCUGGGCUCAUGACUGAGGUUGAAGUGUCUGAGAUAAAGACGACCUACUAUUCUAAACUGAGCGAUCAUCUUGCCAACAUGACUUUGUACAGUCCACCUCCUACCAACCUGCAGGCUCACUGGAAAGGUUUGGUCGAGCCUUCUGCUAAAAUCACCACCUGGGACACAGGAAUGCCUAUACCGCUUCUGCAGUUUAUUGGAAUCAAGUCUGUAGAGGUGCCAGAAGAACUCCAGAUGCACAGCCAUCUCCUGAAGACUUAUGCACAGUCAAGAGUUCAAAAAAUGGAGGAAGGAAAAAAGCUGGACUGGGCAACAGCUGAAACUUUAGCGUUUGGUUCCUUGCUGUGCCAAGGGUUUAAUGUCAGACUAAGUGGACAAGACGUCGGCAGAGGAACCUUUAGCCAGCGACACGCGAUGUUAGUUUGCCAAGAAACAGAUGAUACCUACAUUCCUCUGAAUCAUAUGUCCCCAGACCAGAAGGGUUUCCUUGAGGUGAGUAACAGUCCCUUGUCUGAAGAAGCUGUGCUUGGUUUUGAAUAUGGAAUGAGUAUUGAGAGCCCUAAGUUACUGCCAAUUUGGGAAGCUCAGUUUGGAGACUUCUUUAAUGGAGCCCAGAUAAUAUUUGACACUUUCAUCUCUGGAGGGGAGGCCAAAUGGCUCCUGCAGAGUGGGAUAGUAAUUCUUCUUCCCCAUGGCUAUGAUGGUGCAGGCCCUGAGCACUCAUCCUGCCGGAUGGAACGUUUCCUGCAGAUGUGUGACAGCUCAGAAGGAGGAGUUGAUGGGGACCAGGUGAACAUGUCGAUUGUGCAUCCCACCACCCCAGCUCAGUAUUUCCAUUUACUCCGGCGGCAAAUGGUCCGGAACUUCAGGAAACCUCUCAUUGUUGCCUCUCCCAAAGUGCUACUCAGGCUCCCUGCUGCUGUGUCAAGUUUUGAAGAAAUGGCUCCAAAGACAACGUUCAAACCUGUCAUUGGUGACUCCUCAGUAGAUCCUAAAAGUGUCACCCAAGUGGUGCUCUGUUCCGGUAAACAUUACUACGCUUUGGUGAAGCAAAGGGAGACGCUAGGAGAGAAACAGCACAACGUAGCUAUUUUGAGACUGGAAGAACUGUGUCCUUUCCCCCUGGAAGCUCUACAGCAAGAGUUGAACAAAUACAGCCGUGCCAAAGUCUUCACCUGGAGUCAGGAAGAACCACAGAACAUGGGUCCAUGGUCCUUUGUGUCACCACGGUUUGAAAAGCAGCUGGGGGUUAAGCUCGCUCUUGUGAGUAGACCUCCUUUACCAGCCCCAGCAGUUGGCAUUGGAACCCUCCACCAGCAGCAGCAGGAAGACAUUCUUACCAAGACGUUCAUCUAAAUUUUCAGCGGACAGCCUACUCGUGUAGUCAGUCAUGUUUGUUGCCGUCCUCCUGCGAAGAAGAACAAAAGCCAGAUCCUUAGGACUCUUAAUUUUCCAAAAUGGGAAAGAAAAUGGAACAAGUUCUGUAUUGACGAAGCAAUUUUUUCAUACGGGGACAUACCUAAAGAUGAAAGCUGAUGCCUGUUACUCUAGAUAGUUUUUUUUGUUCUUUUGUAGCAUUUUCUACAAGAGAUCUUUUAAAAGUUUUUAAAAAUUGCAGUCCAGGGGGAAGAUCAGUGAGGUAGGUAUAAAAUACCUUGUAUCCGAUCACUUAUCUGCAUUUGUCAAUUCCCUGGGAUGGUGUAUGUGUGGAAACAGCUUCUCAUUUCCACAGAAGUGUUAGUGCUGUUUGGUUGAGUAAAUGCUUCCCCGUGACUGGGAAUGAGCCAUUUCUAUUAGCAGAGUGUUGUGGAUUUUCUCAUUUCUUUUCCUGUGGACUUGCAGUUAAAUCUGUGCAAUUGUUGGUAUUCUUCUAAUGUGCAUAGCCUGAAGGGAUAAGGGUUGUUAAAGCAGGAUUCCUGGGGGCACCUAGCAGGAUCUCUCCUGAAGGCUUCAGGCACUGGUUUCUUCUCAGGAGGAGAAGCAGUGCUUUCACAUCAAGCUUGCAGGGUGGGAAGUGUGCUGCAGUGAGGCUCCUGCUGUAUUUUAGAACCCAGUUUUGUAGAAGCCAAUCAGUUGGGCUACUCAAAGAGUUUGGCUACUAGUUUGGUACCCAAGAGGCUACCCUGAAAAGUGAUGUUUCUCCCUACCGAGAAAAUUCUUCUCAGUGUCCACUGUCUAUUUUCUUAAUUGUUUUUGAGGGCUUGCCUCGGUUCAGUUUCUUCUUUCCUGGUUCCUAUACAAAAUCUUGCUUAUGCUGUAAGAAGGCUGAAAGUGUGACCAAGAGCAACAAAGAGUUCAAAACUGUGGCAAGACAGAUAAAGCUGGCUGAAAAGAGUUUGAGCAACCCUUGUUGAAAGCUAUAAUAGCGAGGCCUAUUUUGAGUACGCUUAGAAGCUUGAAGGUUGAGGGGUGGCAGAAUUAGAAGGUCAAACGGGCUUCUCACAAAAAAAAAAAAAGCUGUAGUAAAAAAAACCUCAUGGCUUAUUUUGGUUUGGUUUUUAGUUUGGGCAAAGUUCCCAUGUGGAGGCAUGUUGUGAGGCUCCUGAGCAAAACCUUUUCUUCGCAGUGAAAAGCUGUGGUAUCAAAACAGGUUAUAGAAGAAAACAUGUUAAAGAAGAAAUAAGUGACAUGGAUAGCAGCAAAUGGCAACAGGAGGUUAGUGAACUGGGUUUUCUGAAGGAGUUCAAACAGAUACUGAUGUUCAAGCCACAUGAAGUUCCUAAAACACAGGCAGCAGAAAAAAGCUUUCUCUUUUUAAUGCUGUGGCACACUUCAAAAUUUUGUGAGAAUAUUGAUUGGUUCCCAAAUUGAUGUGUGUUUUUAAAAGUAAUAUGGUUUAUUAACUUUCAAUCUAUUUAUUACCUUUUUUUUUUUUUUUUUUUUUUAACUGAAAAACUUUCAGGAAACUGAAAUAGAGAACCAGACUACGAUGAAGUAUUAAAAUCAUGGUCUCCUACUUGCUGAUAUGAAGCCUUCCCUAUGAAGGAAUAAAGUAACCUUUGCUGGAGGCAAGCCAGUAGUUUAACAUUUAAAUGACUUGCCAUCCCGAAUGUGCUUUACAAAUAAUGUCCGUAACUUCUCAGGCAGAAUUUCACUUUAAUUUAUGAAGUGCUGCAACAGAAAAACUAUGCAUUGGAGCUCUCUGGAUCCCUGCCAUUCAAUGAAGAGAAAAAAACAUAGUCUUUGCAUCUAAAGCCCACUCUUUUCAGACUCCUUUUGUGUGUGGGUUUGGAAACUACGCCUGAGUAUGGUUGCCUUUUUCCCCCUUUUUCUGAAACAGAAGUUCUUAUCCUUGGUAAUAAGUUUCCUAGAAGCAUGGCUUUUCUCAUGAGCAGCAGUCAACAGCUUGCCAUUUUUUGUAUUCUGUUAAGCUGAAUAUAUACAAUUUCAUAUAUUCUUUUCUUUAAAUAUGCCAUAGGAAAAACAAACAUGCAAACAAUGUGUUUUUGUUUGUUUGUUUGUUUGUUUGUUUGUAGCACCUUCUUCAGGGGGAAAAUGGUCAGGAUUUGGUUCCUACUUGAAGAAUAGGUAGUCAGGUGGGACUCCUGCUGUAAUCUCUCUCUAUUCAUAGAAUCAUUUAGGUUGGAAAAGACCUCUAAGAUCAUCUGAUCCAACCUUUAAGCCCCCGCACCUGAAGCAGUGUGAACCUUGGAAGGGCUGCAGGUGGAUGUGUACAUUUUGUUAGCAGUAAUGUUUGAAUCAUCUUUCAGUGGAAUGGUCAAGGUUUUUCUUGCAUGACAGGGAAACCUGUACAAAUGAAAAACUAAUUCUAACUCAGAAUCCUAAAUGACAGAAAAGAAGCUUAGAUGCACAACUUGCACUAACUACAACAGAACCUUAUGUUUCUACAGAACCAAGAACCACGCAGGUUUCUAGGGAUUUUCUCAUGCUGAGUUAAAGAAAGACUGUCUGUCUAGAUUUUUCUUUGUUCCUUUUCAAAUCUUUUAUUUUUCACAGAAACAUCAGAAUUUACAGUAUUCUUCAUAUGGCACUAAAAUAAAUAAUAAACAGUUAAAAAGCCA